UUUAAAACUCUCACACACACGGUAUAGAACACAGAGGACAAGAAUACGGCUUUAGACUGAGUGUUAGACAUAGUGCUAGUAAAUCAUUAUGAACUGCAGAACAGUUUCUGUCUUUAUGGUCCUGACUUUCAUCACCUUGACAGCAGGUGUGAGUGUUGAGCCACGGUGUCGCUGUAGUGGUGUUGAAAGUCGCAGAGUUGGGAAAAUGAUCAAGAGUGUUGAAGUUUUCCCCCCAAGCCCACACUGUACACACACUGAGAUCAUAGCCACACUGAAGGGCAACGGUCAGCAGAUCUGUCUGAACACUAAAGCACCAUGGGUAAUUCAAGUGAUUGAGAAGAUCAUAGCAAACCAUUCACCCUGAACCCUAAAAAGUCUAACCUGUACCUGUCGAGUGUGUGUCUGUGUGUCUUUGUGUGCAUAUGUUUAAACAUCUGAAUUAAUCCGGUGAUAUUUAUUUUAUAUUAUUUAUUUCAAUAUUUAUGCCUCUAAUUAUUGUCAAUCUAAUUAAAAUGAAUCACAAAUACA